UUCAAAAUUAGACCUAAAACUAAAAUCCCAAACGCCACCUAAUAAGAUUUCUGACUGCCAGCCAACCCAAAGGUCGAAGCCAUGUCGCAAAGGGUUCUUUGCAAGUUCUUUGCACAUGGGGCAUGUCUGAAGGGGGAGCAUUGUGAGUUUUCACAUGAUUGGAAAACUAGUCCUAAUAAUGUAUGCACCUACUACCAAAAAGGAGCUUGUGCUUAUGGAAGCAGGUGUAGAUAUGAGCACGUUAAGUUGUCUCGAUCACAGCCUUCAGCUCAGUCUUCAGCACAGCCUCAACAAUAUCUGCUUUCAAGUUCUGUUUCUACCAAUGUGGCUCCUGGAGCGGGUGCGCAAAGUGCGGGUCUUGUGCCUGGUAUUUAUACUGAGUAUUCAGCUUCAAGCAAACCGACAUGGAACCAAAACUCAGAGCUUCACGAUACAUUGGAUAAUGAUGACAUGAUUGAGUUGAGGAGUGUUAGUCCAGCUGAUAGGCCGAUCUGUGCUUUUGCUGCUGCUGGUAAUUGCCAUCGUGGAGAAAAGUGUCCGCAUAUUCAUGGAGAUUUGUGUCCAACCUGUGGGAAGCAUUGCUUGCAUCCUUUCAGGCCUCAGGAAAGAGAGGAGCAUAUAAAAACAUGUGAGAACAGGCAAAAGCACAUUGAUUUGUUGAAGCGCAGUCAAGAAAUAGAAUGCAGUGUAUGCCUUGAAUGUGUUCUUUCCAAGUCAACGGCAGCUGAGAGGAAGUUUGGAAUCCUUUCUGAGUGUGAUCAUCCAUUUUGUAUAUCGUGUAUCAGGAAUUGGCGUGGCAGUUCUUCCUCUGGAAUGGAUGUUAAUUCUGCACUGAGGGCUUGCCCCAUAUGCCGCAAGCUUUCAUAUUUUAUCAUUCCGAGUGUUAUUUGGUACUUCACAAAAGAAGAGAAGGAAAAAAUAGUUGACAGCUACAAAACAAAACUCAGGUUUAUCACUCUCUUUCUUUUCUGUACGUAUUUUUCAUUCUAUUGA